AUGUCAACUAAUAAGAAGCAUUCCAGAAAAUUAAGAGGACACGUGUCACAUGGACACGGUAGAGUAGGAAAGCACAGAAAGCAUCCAGGAGGUAGAGGUAAGGCUGGUGGUCUGACACACCACAGGACACUAUUCCAGAGAUACCACCCAGACUUCUUUGGAAAGAGAGGUAUGAACAUCUACUUUAGAAGAUACAACAGCAGUUACGCACCAUACAUUGCAGUAGAUGAGAUAUGGAGCUUGGUAGACAAGUGCGGACAGUACGACCAGUUUGCCAAUGAUGCAUCACAGGUGCCCGUCGUAAAUCUGUCUGACUUUGGAAUCUUCAAGGUAAUUGGAAGCGGAGCCACUCCUAUUAGACCAAUCGUCGUGAAGGCCAGAAGAUUCACUCCAGAAGCAGAAGAGAAGAUAGUCAAGGCUGGGGGACAGUGCAUUUUGACUGUUUAA